AUGCUCUUCAGUCAUGGAGCUGCUCUCCUAAGCAUGAGGGGCAUCACGCUUUCCUCCCUCUGCUUACUGAUGCACCUGCUUCAGGAUGAGACAAUGACGAUUUUAGUUUUGGAAAACCAAGACCUGCAAGAUUCGAUUAAGCCGCAGAAGGUAGAGUUUCGUUCAUUAAACUUCAACAGCACUUUGCAUUGGCAGCCUGGAAGGACCAGAGAGGCAAGAGACACGGUCUACUUUGUGCAGUACAAAGUGUAUGGGCAGAGCACAUGGCAAAACAAAGAUGACUGCUGGGGGAUUCAAAACCAUGUCUGUGACCUAACGAAUGAGACCUCUGACAUCCAAGAGCCUUACUAUGGCAGAGUGAAAGCCAUGUCAGCUGGCGUCUAUUCCGACUGGAGCCUCAGCUGCAGAUUCACUCCCUGGCGAGAAACUAUGAUAGGUCCUCCGACGGUAACUGUGGUUCAUAGCAACAAAACCAUAAUACUAAAGCUCCAGGCUCCACGUUCUCCUUAUAAAAGGAAGAAAGGCAGCAAGAUGCCAAUGACAAAUUAUUAUGAUCUGCUAUAUCAAGUCUUCAUAAUUAACAACUUGCUAAAUGAGCAACACAGAGUCCUGGUGUAUGAAGGAAAAGAGAAGGUUAUUAAAAUAGAAAAUUUGAGGCCUGGAGUCAGCUACUGCAUCGUGGCUAAAAUGUACAUGCCAAUGCUGGACCGCAGCAGUGCCUACAGCAGCAGGCAAUGCACCGUGCUGCAGUGA